ACCCCGCCCCUCUGCAGGCACAUCGGGAGCUCCAUUCAAACGAACCAAACUCAGCGCUCCGGGCUGCGACAGUAGCGGUGAGAAGCAGAGACAGGCGGCAGCAGGAGACCCACGAACUCCCGCUCCUUCAGCCCAGCGAGCAGCAGCGGAGCAGCGGCCGAGCGGCAGCGGCAGCGGCAGCAGCGGAGCAGGGCGGUCACACCCGGGACUCUCAGCCAGGCGGAGCGGCACCUCUCUCUCCGAGCGCAGUCUGCGAGCGAGAGGCUAACGGCUAACAGCGGCGAACAUGGCGAGCGCCUCGUACCACAUCUCCAACCUGCUGGAGAAGAUGACCUCCAGCGACAAGGAUUUCAGAUUCAUGGCGACCAACGACCUGAUGACGGAGCUCCAGAAAGACUCCAUCAAACUGGACGACGACAGCGAGCGGAAGGUCGUCCGGAUGAUCCUGAAGCUGCUGGAGGACAAGAACGGGGAGGUUCAGAAUCUGGCCGUCAAAUGCCUGGGCCCGCUGGUCAGCAAGGUGAAGGAGUACCAGGUGGAGACCAUCGUGGACACGCUGUGCACCAACAUGCUGUCCGACAAAGAGCAGCUCAGAGACAUUUCCUCCAUCGGCCUCAAGACGGUGAUCGGGGAGCUGCCGCCCGCCUCCAGCGGCUCAGCGUUAGCCGCCAGCGUCUGUAAGAAGAUCACCGGCCGCCUCACCAGCGCCAUCGCCAAACAGGAAGACGUGUCGGUGCAGCUGGAGGCGCUGGACAUCAUGGCCGACAUGCUGUGCAGACAGGGGGGUCUGCUGGUGAACUUUCACCCCUCCAUCCUCAGCUGUCUCCUGCCUCAGCUCACUUCCCCCAGACUGGCAGUCAGGAAGAGGACCAUCAUGGCGCUGGGCCACCUGGUGAUGUCCUGCGGGAACCUGGUCUUCAUCGACCUGAUCGAGCACCUCCUGGCCGAGCUGGGCCGCAACGACAACAUGUCCACCACCAGGACGUACAUCCAGUGCACGGCGGCCAUCAGCCGGCAGGCCGGACACCGGAUCGGAGAGUAUCUGGAGAAGAUCAUCCCGCUGGUGGUGAAGUUCUGCAACGUCGACGACGACGAGCUGAGAGAGUACUGCAUCCAGGCCUUCGAGUCCUUCGUCAGGAGGUGUCCAAAAGAAGUGUACCCUCACGUUCCCACGGUGAUCUCCAUAUGCCUGCGAUAUCUGACCUACGACCCCAACUACAAUUUCGACGACGAAGACGAGGACGACAACGCCAUGGACGCCGAGCAGAACGACGAAGACUACCAAGGGAGCGACGACGAGUACAGCGACGACGACGACAUGAGCUGGAAGGUCCGCCGGGCGGCGGCCAAGUGUCUGGACGCCGUCGUCUCCACGCGCCACGAGAUGCUGCCGGAGUUCUACCGCUCCGUGUCCCCGGCGCUCGUCUGCCGCUUCAAGGAGCGGGAGGAGAACGUGAAGGCGGACGUUUUCCACGCCUACCUGUCGCUGCUCAAACAGACGCGGCCGGCGCAGAGCUGGCUGACCGACCCGGACGCCAUGGAGCAGGGCGAGACGCCGCUGACCAUGCUGCAGAGCCAGGUUCCCAUGAUCGUCAAAGCUCUUCACAAGCAGCUGAAGGAGAAGAGCGUGAAGACGCGCCAGUGCUGCUUCAACAUGCUGACGGAGCUGGUGAACGUCCUGCCGGGCGCGCUGACGCAGCACAUCCCCGUGCUAAUACCAGGCAUCAUUUUCUCCCUGAACGAUAAAUCCAGCAGCUCCAACCUGAAGAUCGACGCCCUGGCGUGUCUCCACGUCAUCAUGGUCACGCACCCCGCCCACGCCUUCCACGCCCACGUCCCCGCCCUCGUCCCGCCCGUGGUGGCGUGCGUGGGAGACCCCUUCUAUAAGAUCACCUCCGAGGCGCUGCUGGUCACGCAGCAGCUCGUCAAGGUGAUCCGACCUCUGGACGGCCAAUCAGAGAGCUCGGACAGCUUCGACCCCUCCCCCUACAUCAACGACCUCUUCACCUGCACCAUCCGCCGCCUGAAGGCCGCCGACAUCGACCAGGAGGUGAAGGAGCGCGCCAUCUCCUGCAUGGGCCAGAUCAUCUGUAACCUAGGCGACCGGCUGCCCUCCGAGCUCCCGGGAACGCUGCUCAUCUUCCUGGAGCGGCUGAAGAACGAGAUCACUCGACUCACCACGGUCAAAGCGCUGACGCUGAUCGCCGGCUCGCCGCUCAAGAUCGACCUGCGGCCGGUGCUGCCCGACGCCGUGCCCAUCCUCGCCUCCUUCCUCCGCAAGAACCAGAGAGCGCUGAAGCUGUGCACGCUGGCGGCGCUGGACAUCCUGCUGAGGAACUACAGCUCGGCGGUGACCCCGGUGAUGGUGGACGCCGUGCUGGCCGAGCUGCCGCCGCUCAUCUCGGAGAGCGACAUGCACGUGUCCCAGAUGGCGCUGAGCUUCCUGUCCACGCUGGCCGUCACGCACCCGUCCUCGCUGGGCCAGCUGAGCGGCGCAACAUCCCUGCAGCAGCUCAUCGCCCUGGUGCGCUCGCCGCUGCUGCAGGGCGGCGCGCUGGCCGCCAUGCUGGACUUCUACCAGGCGCUGGUGGCCACCGACACGCCCGGCCUGGGCUACAUGGACCUGCUGCGCAUGCUGACCGGCCCGGUGUACUCGCAGAGCGCCGCGCUGCCCCACAAGCAGGCCUACUGCUCCAUCGCCAAGUGCGUGGCGGCGCUGACCCGGGCCUGCCCCAACGAGGGCCCCGCCGUGGUCGGACAGUUCAUCCAGGACGUGAAGAACAGCCGCUCCACAGACUCCAUCCGGCUGCUGGCUCUGCUCUCGCUGGGCGAGGUGGGACACCAUGUGGACCUGAGCAGCCAGCCGGAGCUGAAGACGGUCAUCCUGGACGCCUUCUCGUCCUCCAGCGAGGAGGUCAAGUCUGCGGCGUCCUACGCUCUGGGCAGCAUCGCGGUGGGGAACCUUCCGGAGUACCUCCCCUUCGUCCUGCAGGAGAUCUCGUCCUCCAAGAGGCAGUACCUGCUGCUGCACUCGCUCAAGGAGAUCAUCAGCUCGGCGUCGGUGUCCGGCCUGAAGCCGUACGUGGAGUCGGUGUGGUCGCUGCUGCUGAAGCACUGCGAGUGCCAGGAGGAGGGGACGCGGAACGUGGUGGCGGAGUGCCUGGGGAAGCUGACGCUCAUCGACCCCGAGACGCUGCUGCCGCGCCUCAAAGGCUACCUGCUGUCCGGCUCGUCCUACGCCCGCAGCUCCGUGGUGACGGCCGUCAAGUUCACCAUCUCCGACCAGCCGCAGCCCAUCGACCCGCUGCUCAAGAACUGCAUAGGUGACUUCCUGAAGACGCUGGAGGACCCGGACCUGAACGUGCGCCGCGUGGCCUUGGUAACGUUUAACUCGGCAGCCCAUAAUAAGCCCAGUCUGAUCCGGGAGCUGCUGGACUCCGUCUUACCGCAGCUCUACAACGAGACCAAAGUGAGGAAGGAGCUGAUCCGAGAGGUGGAGAUGGGGCCGUUCAAACACACGGUGGACGACGGCCUGGACCUGAGGAAGGCGGCGUUCGAGUGCAUGUACACCCUGCUGGACAGCUGCCUGGACCGGCUGGACAUCUUCACCUUCCUCAACCACGUGGAGGACGGCCUGAAGGACCACUACGACAUCAAGAUGCUGACCUUCCUGAUGCUGGCCAGACUCUCGUCCUUGUGUCCCAGCGCCGUCCUGCAGAGACUGGACAGACUGGUGGAGCCUCUCAGAGCCACCUGCACCACCAAGGUGAAGGCCAACUCGGUGAAGCAGGAGUUUGAGAAGCAGGACGAGCUGAAGCGGUCGGCCAUGCGGGCCGUGGUGGCGCUGCUGACCAUCCCCGAGGCCGAGAAGUCGCCGCUGAUGUCGGAGUUCCAGUCGCAGAUCUCGUCCAAUCAGGAGCUGGCGACCAUCUUCGACUCCAUCCAGAGAGACUCCAGCUCGGCCAACAUGGAGUCCAUGGACACCAGCUAGAAGCGAGCGGACUUCGACACGGACCCAGCCAGAUCCCACGAUGCAACACGGCACCACCCCUCCCCCCCCCAAAACCCCUCCGCCCCUCCCCCCUCGGCUGCCGGAGCGCUAACCCCGCAGCAUGUUUCCAUGACAACAGGACGCAGACACACACACACACACGUAGUGACACACCCUCUCCUAGUGACGAUCGUCCCAUGAUGCAUUGCACUGAAAUCAGCUGUUCGAAGAGACCAGUUCACAAACAUGGACGAAACUGACCAACGAAAUAAGAAAUUCCAGAAAAAGUUCCAUUUGAAGCUUGGAAGCUCCUCCCACUUCCCUGUGUUGUUCCGGCGAGGCCGUCUGAUUGGUCGGCCUCCUCUUCUUCAUCCUUCGUUUUCCAUUUCUUGUUUCUUUACUUUCGUUCUUUCCGCAAUUCCAGAAAGUUCCACGGGUACUGCAACCUGAUUGGCCGCUGAGUGACUGACAGUUGGCGUGUUUUUUGAAACUGACCAAUGGGGGAAGAGCUGAAGAAAGCGGAGCCCCUCCCCCCCUUCAUUGCCUGAGGCUGUGGUGACCAAUGGGAGAAGAGUUUGUUCUGUUAGGCUUUUUUUUUUUUUUCUUGUUUUAAUGUGACGGAUGAUAUGGACAGCCAAUAGGAGGCAGACAGGUGGGCGGGGUUUUACUGUUCGUGGACCAAUCAGCGUCUUUGUUUGCCUCCUGGUUCAACAGUCGGUUGGACCGGGUGUCAUCUGACCUGACCGGACCGUUGCCGCGGUAACGCAGCAUCGUCAUGCCUGAUUGGAUGAAUUAAAAGACGUGGAUUCCGGUGCGGAGCGGUCCGGUCCGGUCGGGACCAUCUACUGUUGUUUAUCGCCCGAGAAAAUAAAAGGGUCCAUUUCUGCCUGCCUUCAA